AUAAGCCAGUGCUCCUCCUCAUCAACCACGUAUCUCUUAUCCCAAGUGCAUCUCAGCCAAUAUAAGCUCAUCGAACCAACAAAAAACAAUGGCCGACAUCAAGCCACCAUUCACCGAGGAAUCAGCUCGCAAGAAGGUCAAAGCGGCUCAGAAUCUGUGGAAUUCCCAAGACCCCGUCCGAGUCGCGCAGGCCUACACCCCGACCUGUAUCUGGCGCAACCGCACCUCCUUCUUCGCCGGAACCGAGGGCAUCGUCGAGUUCCUGACCGCGAAGUGGAAGCGCGAGCGGAGCUAUCGUCUGCGGAAGGAGCUGUUCGCGUUCACGGACGACCGGAUCGCCGUGCAGUUCUGGUACGAGUUCCAGGACGCGGACGAUGGGCUGCGCUGGAAGCGCUGCUACGGGCUGGAGGACUGGACCUUCGACCGCGAGACGGGGAAGAUGCGUAAGCGGAUGAUGAGUGGGAAUGAUGUCUUGAUUGGACCCGAUGGGAAUGGCGAGGGGAGGUGGUUUGUGGAUGGGGUGGAUGUUGACGAGGCGGAGAUUGGGGAGAAGCAUUGGUAGUGAUGAGAUUAGGUUGACGUCCUUAUGUGCUUUUGAGACGAUAUCUAUACUGAGUAGCCCGAUAUCCCCGCGGCCACGAGCACAGAUUUUGCAUGCGAGGU